UUUUUUGGUAGCGCCUAGUGAUUUCCUUUCGCCGAUUUUGGUUGCUGUGUCGUGCAUUGAUGGAGGUUACGACUGAGAUCGCGAGGUGUCGAGGUGCGAUUUUUUCGUUGUUGCGUGCGAUGCUCGCUCGGUGCGUUCGUGCUGUUUGGUGGCGGGUUGACGAGGCCAAUGCGGUUGCUGUUUUUGGCGAUCUCGCCGUGCGUGCGUGCGUACAGGUACAGCGUGCGUGCGUGCGACGCUAAGGCUGCUGCUAGUUGGUGGUUGGUUGGUCGGUCGUUCCUUCGCAGGAGUUGGGUCUGUAUCGAAGAUUUACUGAUUUAGUGUGUAAAUUGUUCAUAGCUAGUUCUAAUUCAGUGCGAUUUAUAAUGUUGCGAAUUUAAGUUAUCUCACAGUUUUCACCUAAAAAGUUAUCCCACGUUGGAAACAGUGAUCAUGAUUCAUGAUUCAUGUUAUGUGCCUGUGGAAGUAGUUUUUUUGGAAAUUUUGAUCGUCAUAUGGAACUUUGUGGGGAUUGUACAGUUUCUGCGAGCUUUUUUUGUGUGUAGAUUAUGAAUAAUCAUCUCCCCUGACCCCAGAUUAUCUUUCCAAUUCUUGUUACGCGAAUCUCCAGUUUGAGUGCGCACUGCUUGUUGGUGUCAUGGUGUGGGUGUGGUGUGACUUGCUGAAUUCUGUGUACUUGUUUUGGUGAUGACUUCUGUGUGCUGUGUGCACAUAAGAUACUGUGUGUUCACCAUAUUUCUCUUCACUUUCAGUGAUUAGUUUCAUGUUACAUUUACUUUGCCGUGUUUAUUACGAUCUGCAGUAUGAUGCAUACAUGUACAGGAUAUGACGAUUUUCCAUCUCGAGUGAGUGCACAGUUUGGUUUACAGAUACUUAGAUGCCCUCAUUUCUAUCAAUACAAUGCAACCAGCCAUUGCAUUUUCCUCUUAUUAUGUGAUUGCAUUUGCGCAAAGUAUUAACUCCAGACUCCAAUGUACUUACUGACCUGUUAUCCUGUCAAAACUGUCUGACCCCCUAUAUUGGCAGAAACUGCUAUUGAUCAGUACAAGAUGCCUGUAAGCUUUAAAUAUUGGGAUGACUGCUUGGAUCCAGAUGAUAUUCGAUUAAUGUGGGCAGAUCCUCAUGUAAGUAAAGAGUGGAUUGAUGCUGGGGAAGAACAGGGACAGAAAGUUCACCUAUCACGGGAUCCUGAUGGCGAGGCAUAUCUGACACAAACUGAAAUUAUGGCAGUUGCUGCAAUUACUGUUCAGAGGCAUUUCAAAUCACAGCUAGACCCGUAUAUGAUAGGUGCCCUUGCAGAAAUUGCGAGUGGAAGGAGGCUCUUUGUGGAUGACUAUGAUCGCAAGACUAAGGAGACUAAGAUGGGCAUAAUGCAGGUGACACCAGAAGUUGCUCAAUGGCUUGGCAGGGAACUGGGUUACAAGAAUUAUGACAUUGAACUUGAAGACAAUAUUGAUUUGCUCUACUGGCCUUUUAUAAAUGUCUACUUUGGCGCUGCUUAUGCAAAGUGGCUCUUCUCAUGUGAUGAAAAAGAAAGAACUGAAGAAUUUGUCGUUAGAGCUUACAAGGGAGGCAGAAAGAAAGCUACUCACAAGUCAUCUGCCCCCAUUUUCGAACGUUAUCUUUAUGUGAAAGAGACCUUGCUCUCUAUGAGACAACCAGACAGUUUCAAUGAGCUCGCUCCUGAUCUCCUAGAAAAUUCCUCAACUGCAGGAACACAGCUGGUAUAUUGGGAUUCCAAAGUGUCAGAGGAAGAUAUGGGUGGAAUGUGGAGUCAGCCUGACGUGUUGAAGGAGUGGACAAAUUCUGGCGAGCGGCGUGGAAAUGUCAGAUUUUCGCAUGAUGCCAAGAAGAGACCGUAUCUUUCUCGAGUUGAGGUCAAGGCUGUUGCUGAAAUAAUCAUAUCUCGCCAUUUCAGCUCAAGAGGAGUAAAGCCGGAAGCCCUAGCUGCUCUUGCAGAGGUGAGCAGUAUGCGCUUUGUCCAUGGAGUACGUUCUCGGACAGGAUUGAUGGGAAUAGAUUACCAUACUGCUGCAUGGCUUUCCAGAGAUUGUGGCUAUACGGCAUACACAGUGAGCUCGGUGGAUGAUCUCUACAAUCCAUUUGCAUCCAUGUACUUUGGAGCAGCUUACUUGGGAUGGUUGUCACGAUAUGAAGGAAGGGAGAGGAGCCAUGAAUUCAUUGUUCAAGCUUAUCUUGGGGGACCAGACAAAGUUAACCUUCAGGAAACUGGACCAUAUUGGAAGAAAUUUCUGGAGGCUUUAGUACACUAUGAAGAUCCGAAGAAGGACCAGACGAGCUGCUGUAUUUUGUAAAAUCGUGAUGUCUUCAUACGGUUUUGUUUACUGAAGACCGCAGGCUGUAAGUAGCAAAGCUUCGUUUUCACCAUCUUGUAACUGAAGGAAACUCGGAUUUAAAUAAUCCACGUAGCAGUAAACACUUCAUUUGUAAUUUUUGCUGGCCUUUUGGUUGGUCUGGUUUUUUCAAACGAACUUUUGUGAUUCUCUGUAGCCUGUACAUUAUAUUUGAAAAGAAGUCACUGUUUAGUAAAGCUCUUGCUCGAGCAUCA